UACCAACACAACAAACGGAAGCUCAAUUUAUGAAAGUAGCAUUGAAUAAAAUUUAAUCAUAUUAAUCUGAAUAAAGGGGACUUCAAAACAGUAUUAAAAUGGCAACGAUACGUCGUGCGGCCAUGGUUACGAAGAUGAUGGACCAGAACCGUGAGAACGAGGAGAAGCAGCAUGACCGGCUGCGCGAUGUGGCACGCGCCAAGAUGAUCCAGUCGAACCUGGAGCGUGAGAACCGCGUCGUCGACAAACGCAUCCUGCGCAGGCAGCAGGUCGAGAACAGGGAGCGAGAGAUGGAGGAAGCCAUACUGAGGGCGGAGCGCGACCGGUUGAUCAAGAGUCAGCAGUACGAACAGGAGGAGAAUUUGGCACGGGAGCUGGCAAGGAAGAAACAGGAAGAACUGAGAAAUGAGAAAACACGGCAGCAGAUUCGCGAAACUAGCCUGGAACUGCGGGAGUUGGAAGCAAAACUUAAGGCUGCUUACGUGAACAAGGAACGAGCUGCCCAGCUGGCUGAGAAAGAUGCUCUGAGGUUUGAUCAAAUGAAGCGAGAGUCUGAGAUUGCGCGUGAGAUGAAGGAGCAGCAUGAGCGUGCGGAGGAGGCAGAGCAGGCCCGCACGAUGGAACGGUACAAGGAGCAGGUCCGCUACCAGCAGGAGCUCGAGAGACAGCUGGAGGAGCAGGAGCACAAGAGGCAGCAGGCCUACGAGGAGUUCCUAAAGGAGAAACUCAUGAUAGACGAGAUCGUACGCAAGAUAUACGAGGAGGAUCAGAAGGAGAUCGAGCGACAGAUGAUGAAACGGCAGAUGACCCAGCGGUACAUCGACGAGUUUAAGAAGGCGCGUGAGGAGUGGAAGAUGCAGGAACGUGAGCGCAUGGAGGCGGAAAACCGCCGCAUCAUUGAGUACGCCAACUUGCAGCAUGAGCGCGACACUGGGCAGAAGAUGCAGAAGAAACAGCGCGAGGAGAUGAUGGAGAGACUCCAGAAGGAGUUGUCGGAACAGAUUGCUUCGAAGGAAGCAGAGCGUGAAGAGAUGGAGAGAGUGAGACUCGAUCUGUAUAUGGAAGAACAGCAGGAGAAGGACCGACAGAUGGAAAAGGAGCAAGUGGAGAGGAAGUUACGACAGAGAAUAGAUCUACAGCAGACCCACCAGAAACAGAUGCAGUACAAGACCAUGAGAAUGCAGGCUCAGCUCGCAGAGGAGGAAGAAUUCAGAAAACAGAUGCUGGCGAAGUUUGCGGAGGACGACCGUAUAGAACAGAUGAACGCCCAGAAGCGACGCAUGAAGCAGCUGGAACACAAGCGUGCUGUGGAAGCGCUGCUGGAACAGAGGCAGGCGCAGUACGCGCGUGAACAAGAGCGUCUGGCAGAGGAGCGGGAGGAGGGAGCGCGCAUGGAGAAGUUCCGACAGCAGAUCAUCGAGGAGGAGAGACAGAGGCUGCUGAGAGAACACGCCGGAAAACUCCUGGGAUUCUUACCCAAAGGAGUUAUUCGAGACAGUCAGGACUUGGAAAUGCUUGGUCCAGAAUUCAAGGACAAGUACAGCCAUCGACAGGCCGACAUGUUUGAUGAAGUCACUUGGGAUCAAGGGAGAUAAAUGAUAGAAAGCGAGAUAAAAAAAAAAAUUAACCUGCAAACCAGCAAAUCUCACACUGACCUGCAGCAAAUUCAACAAAUGUUAUUUAUUUUCAUUGUACAGUAGUGAACAUGCUGACAUUGUUUUGUAAAGAUUUGUUGGACCAAGGGAGAUAAACACUGAAGGGGAGACAUUUUAAACUGCCGACUGGCAAAUUGUACAUUGUAAUGCGGCAAAUGUGUUUUAUACAGACAAUAGAAGCUGGCAGGUAAACAGAAAAAGUCAUUGUAUAUAUUUAGGUAAUUUUAAUGUUAGUAGUGGAUUUUUAAAAGCAGGGUAUCGUCUUGAGGAUUAAUUUGUUGGCCCCUUUAUAUAUUAAAAAAAGAAGGGAGAAGAUUAUUUGUUAAUUAAUAUUUUAAAAUAUAAAAUACAAGAAUCUCAAGUGAAUGAGAGACAGAGUAUGGGAAUGACUAUCAUGUUUUAAAUUUAACAUUAUUUUUAUUCCAUCCAUUUUCAUCUGAAGUGUUCACUGGUUUCUAUUAUCACCUUUUAAAGUGUUUUCUACUAACACAUUCCUAGUAUAAAUAAAUAUGUCCAUAUUGUCAUUAACAAACAUUAGGGGAAGAAGCAAGAAAGCAAAUACAAUUUUGUUUCAGUUAAAUGAAGAUAAAAUAAUUUUUCAUGUAGAAAAAAAAGGUGAAAAUAUAAUUUGAAUAAAGCAUUUAAAUUUUAUUUAAAUGUACCGUUGGAUAUUACGCUGCUAAGUGUGAUUUUAAAAUAAAUUUUACAAUUGAAGGAAAAUAAAAAUAUUGCCCAAAAAUUAUAAUAAAAUAAUAUUAAUUGAUAAAAUAUAUAAUAUCAUAACAAAUAGACAUCUGUUAAACAGCCAGAAUUCUUAAGGAGACCUAUUAUUUUGUCCCAAAUCAUCUAAUGUGCUAAAAAUUGACUUGUAUUAAGCAGUCACUAGUAUAGAGCACGGUUUGUUAGUCCCUAAGGAGGCUUUUUAAAUUAACACAGGUUUCAGUCUAGUUGGGGGUGGGCGGGGGGAUUUAGAAAGAAAAAAAGAAAGAAAACCCUCGUAAACAAUAUUGUGUCAAUAUUUGUUGUUUGUAGUGCACACAUUUGAAGUUUUAGUCUUGUAAGUGUGAGUUUGAAAAUGAGAAAAUGUUUUUAAAUUGUUAUCACAUAUUUGACCUGUUAAAGAAAACAUAUUUGUAUAUUAUUACUUUGUUAUUGUUGAAACAAAGAACAGUUUUACGAUAGUUGUAACAAGGCCCAUGAUUACAAGGCAGAGAUUUGUUUAAAUUGGAAAUGGAAUUAGAGGCAAAUGCUUUUACAGUUGAUCUGUGUUUCUGGCCAGUCUAGGAUUUCUUGAGGUUGAGGAAUUGUCCCAUGACAGAAUGUUCACCAAUGAAUAUCAUGUUAAAUCUGAAACAGGUAUUGGGGGUGGGGGCCCAUUAAAAAAAUAUACAUCUUUCAUGGACAUCGAUAGUGGGAGGGGCAGAGGGAUACCACCAACCCUGAUGAUAAUGCAUUGUACCCCUCCCUCCCCCAUUUUUAAUGUAUAACCAGCCCUCCUGCUGUUACUGUUUAUCUUCUGAGGAAUAUAUGGCGGGACAGCUACAUGUACAUUACAAGGGCACUUCUAAAGAAGAAAGUCACUUCUAAAAGGGGCACAUUUUUGGGGUGGCAUCUGACCAUUGCAAGCCCCCCAUCCCCCCAAAGUACAGCUCUCCAUUAUUGUGUCAUACAUAUCAUACAAACAUUGUGAUAACCAUUUGAGUAAAGAAACCCUAAACCUGUGUUUAUAUUAAAGAGAAGCUUUGUUGCCUCUUCUGGCAACACUCUUAUUUAUAUUUCACAUGCAGGGCUAGCUCUGACAAUCGCCAAAUUCGACAAUUGCGAAUUUUGAGAACAACUGGCAAAUUUUAUUUUAAUUUGGCGAAAACAAAUUGUGUAAUAAUUGAUAUUUUGUUGCACAAUAGCUAUAGGAAUUGCAUUUUUGAGAAAUUUGGCGAAAUGUUCUGAUCACCCAGAGCUAGCCCUGAUCUGAUGGCAAUCAUUUGUAAAUUAUCUCGGAAUUUUGUUUUAAUUAAUUUUUAUUUAUUUAUACGUAUUCUUAAAAUGUAUAAAAUGGAAGUAAAUUUUGUACAAAUAA